UGUAGUUGUUCAAUCCCAUUGUUCCAAAGCUAAGAAAGUUCCAAAAGAGAGAUUGAAAGAUGGGUUCGAUCUCCAAAACUAGUAAGCCACACGUUGUAUGUGUCCCAUUCCCAGCCCAAGGCCAUAUCAACCCUAUGCUAAAGCUAGCUAAGCUUCUCUACCAUAGAGGUUUCCACGUAACGUUCGUCAACACCGAGUACAAUCAUAGACGUCUGCUUAACUCGAGAGGCCCGAACUCGGUCGAUGGCUUGCUAGAUUUUCAGUUCAGAACCAUUCCUGAUGGCCUUCCCUUCUCGAAUGCGAAUUCUACCCAAGACGUACCUUCCCUUUGCCAAUCCACCUCCAAGAAUUGCUUAGCUCCUUUUUGUGAUCUUAUUUCUGAGCUUAACUCGAUCAUUGAUGUCCCGCCUGUUAGCUGUAUUGUUGGAGAUGCUAUCAUGUCUUUCUGUAUGUUGGCGGCUAAUAAAUUUAAAAUCCCUCAUGCUUUGUUUUGGACUGCUAGUGCUUGUGGCUACUUUGGUUACUUGCGUUAUUGUGAGCCGAUUAAGCACGGGUUGGUACCACUUGAAGACUUGGAGAAUACAAUAGAAUGGACUCGGGAACGGAAAAGUAUACGUUUGAGGGACCUGCCUAGCUUUCUUCUUACAACGGAUCGAGAUGAUAUCAUGCUAAAUUUUAUCAAUCAAGAAAUGAGUAGAUGUCGAGAAGCUUCGGCGAUUAUAUUAAACACAUAUGAUUCGCUUGAACACGAUGCUAUAGAUUCUCUUUCUUCUAUACUUCCUCCUCUUUACAUAAUUGGUCCACUUCACUUGCUUGUCAACCAAAUAGAUGAUGAAAAGCUAAGAACAAUAGAUUCAAAUCUUUGGGUCGAGGACAUGGAUUGCAUCGAGUGGCUUAACUCAAACGAACCCAACUCGGUAGUUUACGUAAAUUUUGGUAGUACAACGGUGAUGACAGAAGAGCAACUAAUUGAGUUUGCAUGGGGAUUAGCAGACAGUGAAAAGCCGUUCUUAUGGAUAACAAGACCCGAUAUAAUCGUGGGAGAUUCAGCCAUUUUGCCAGUUGAAUUUGUAACACGAACCAAAGAUAGAAGCUUGAUAGCAAAUUGGUGUUGUCAAGAACAAGUGUUGAGCCAUCCAUCUGUGGGAGGGUUUCUAACACAUAGUGGAUGGAAUUCGAGUCUUGAAAGUAUAUGCGCUGGAGUGCCGAUGAUCUCGUGGCCUUUCUUCGCCGAACAACAAUUGAAUUGUCGUUAUUGUUGCACCGAGUGGGGCGUUGGGAUGGAAAUCGAUAGCAAUGUUCGAAGAAAUGAUGUCAAGGAGCUUGUGAGAGAGCUAAUGGAUGGUGAAAAGGGUAUGAAAAUGAAGAAGAAUGUUAUGGAUUUGAAGAGCAAAGCUGAAGAAGCGUAUAAACAUGGUGGAUAUGCUUCCAAGCAAUUGGAUAAACUCAUCAAUGAUGUCCUUCUACAAAAUUCUUAACUUGGUUUAUAUUUAGAAGAGUGUGCUUAUUCAAUAAAUUCUCCUCAGUUUGUUCAA